CUGGGACUUAUUUAAAGAGCGAGAAAUUCCAGAGCAGAGCUGGAAUCAUCCAGUUUUCUCUCUUUCAGAUCCUCAUGAGUUACUUCAACAUUCACUUCGCAAUCACUGCUCUUGUCUCGAUCGCAUUCUGGCGGUUCCUAGUACGCAGGAAAUCUAAGAGACUAUUGAGCAACAUCUCCGGUCCACCCUCCCCUUCGUGGUUCAAAGGCAACUAUCAACAAGUCUUCAAUCCUGAUGCCUGGGGAUUCCACGAGUUCCUUGCUGAAAAAUAUGGCAGCAUGUCCCAUCUUCACGGCCCUUACGGGACAAAUACACUGUAUACUUUUGAUCCCAAAGCGAUGCAAAGUGUGCUGGUUAAAGAUCAGGAUGUGUUCGAAGAGGAGGACGGUUUCAUCAAAGGGAAUCUUUUGAUCUUCGGAGAGGGGCUGCUUGGUACAUUGGGACACCAACAUCGCAAACAGAGGAAAAUGCUGAAUCCCGUCUUCUCCGCCGCUCAUAUGCGAGAAAUGAUCCCGGUAUUUUUUGAGGUCACCCACAAGCUGGAAAGUGCGCUGAAAAACCGAUUACAAGCUGGACCUUCCACCCAAGAGGUUGAAAUUCUUUCCUGGAUGGGACGUACUGCCUUGGAGUUGAUAGGACAAGCAGGUUUAGGUUACUCAUUUGAUCCCCUGACAGAUGAAGAAUCUGCCCAUCCAUAUAGUCAAGUUAUCAAGGAGCUAUUUCCUACCCUGAUCCGUCUGCAGUUCUGGCAAUUCAAUGUCCUUCCCUAUGUAUCUUGGAUUGGUACUGCAGGCUUUCGUCGCCGUAUUGUCAAAAUGUUGCCUUGGAAGGACCUACAUCAUGUGCAAGACAUGAUCGACUAUAUGUACGGUGUCUCAGAAGAAAUAUACAAGAUGAAGAUAAAUGCUUUAAAUGCGGGUGAUGAGGCAGUGGCCUUGCAAAUUGGAAGAGGAAACGAUCUUAUCAGUGUUCUCAUGAAGGAAAACAUGAAAGCUUCUAAAGAAGAUCGCCUGAGGGAUGUUGAAGUUAUCGAUCAGAUGAAUACCUUGAUCUUUGCCGCCAUGGACACAACCUCGAGCGGUAUGGCUCGGAUUCUUCAUCUUCUUUCUCAACAUCCUGAGGCGCAACAAAAGCUUCGUCAAGAGCUCAUCGAGGCAAAACACCUGAAAGAUGGACAUGACUUUUCCUACGAGGACUUGACCACUUUGCCAUAUCUCGAUGCGGUCUGUCGAGAGACGCUUCGUCUAUACACCCCCGUCACCACUGUUACUCGAAGGGCACGCCGAGAUGCAAUUAUACCUCUUCUCAGACCUAUUAUCGGAAUGGAUGGUACUGAAGUACAUGAGGUGGCUGCUCCAAAUGACACUAUAGUCGUCGUAUCUAUCUUCAACUCGAACAGAAAUCCAGACUUGUGGGGUGAAGAUGCCGGCGAAUGGAAGCCAGAAAGAUGGCUUUCUCCGCUGCCAAAAGCCCUUCUCGAGGCGCGCAUUCCAGGAGUCUAUUCUCAUUUAAUGACUUUCCUUGGUGGCGGACGCUCCUGCAUCGGAUUCAAGUUCUCGCAGUUGGAAAUGAAAGUUGUCAUAUCCACCUUGGUGGAAAAGUUCCAGUUCUCCCCGUCGUCCAACGAGUCAGAAAUAUUCUGGCAGAUGAACGGCGUAACGGCGCCCGUUAUUGGGAAAGAUAAUCAUCCGCAACUGCCCAUCCGCAUCAGUUUGGUAAACUAAUAUCGGAAACGGGAUAUGUAAAAUGCUAGAAUAUGCUUGUACGACUAGUAGUAGGUCUGUGUGUGUUUCAACGUCUUCGCCGUCAUGUGGAUACAUAGAGAUUGUUGGUCCUUUCUUCAAACUUUUUCGCUUUACCCCCUUCGACCAUUGCAUACGAAAACGAUGUUUGUUGCAAGAUAGCUUGUAAAAUUGCUUUCGCGAAGGCUUUUUGUUCACCAUGACAACGAUUAAGGACCAACCAAGUAGGGGCGUAGUAGCUCGUAGAGGAUGAGCGCAAUACUUGCGCUCGCUCGGCCUUCCCAUAUCAUACAUACCCCUCACC